AUGGAGUACAAGGUUGUAUGGCAUCAUUCUCACCCUCUGCAAAUCAUACCCCACCACCGUCAAAUACCUCCGGCUUCAAUCUACAUUGUGUUAACCGUUAAUGUCCGCUACAUCACCACCGCCUCCGCCGACCCUUUCUUCUCCCAACGAACUCUUUGUUUCCGUCUGAACCUUCUGCAAAGCCCCCGCCGCCUUAACGAGGUUCUUGCUCCAAAGCUUGCAGAGCUCAGAGUCGACACUUCCUCCGCUGCUUAUGAAGGUGUCCUUCAAGAUAUAAUCCAAUGUGGGUUUCGAACUGUUCGUAGAAUAUUGGACCGGGGAUAUUCCUUCCAAGCCUUGCAAUUACUUUCCGAUAUGCUUGUGGGACUGGAACCCAUGACCGACGAGGAGACCUUGAUGAGCAGAGCUUUGGCGGAAUCGAGGAGGGAACUUGAAAACAAUAACUAUGGAAUGGCAGGAGCGACAGAGUCAUCUGUUAAAAAGAUGGUAAAGAGGGUCAAAGUAGAAGAUGGGGAGAAAGAAGAGUGCAUGGUGUGCUUAGAGGAACUCAGCGUUGGAUUUGAAGCAUCUCAGAUGCCAUGUUCUCAUCUCUUUCACUGCGGUUGCAUCGAAAGAUGGUUGAAGCAGAGCCAUUAUUGCCCUAUUUGUCGGUUUGAGAUGCCCACCAAUUAG